AACCACGGCCAUUACAAAUAUGCACUUCCGCAUUCUUUGGUGUGCGCCUGCGCAGUAGCGACCACCAAUCCAAGAUGGCGGCGGGUCAUGACGACGUAAAUAUUUACUCGCGUAUCUAGGGAGGUCUUACGGCUUGUUGAUUGGUAAUAAAGCUGUCAAUCAUGCCCAAAUAAGCUGUGUGCUUUGUUUUUAAGCCCCGCCCACUGCAAUCACUAAUUCCCGCCGGCAAUUUCCCGCUCAAAUUACAUAAACAUUAUCGUCCCGUCGUGACAGGGAAUAUUGCCGGCAUUACUUCUCCACCUUGAUUUACGGUAUCUUUUAGUACAAUUUGCACCUGUUUUCCCAAUUAACCUGCUGUACACUUAUUUUUAUCUCCAAACUACAUCAGUUUCUUGUUUCUUUCCAACUGUCUGUUGCUCGUAUAUCUUUUUUUCUCACAAAUUACGACACCGGUAUAUCGACCAACUUCGAGUCCCAUUUACGUCAAUGUUGUGACAUACGAUACGGAUAUAGUCAUCAGGAUGCCAUUUGUCUAGCUAACAGUUGAUUUAUAACUGCCAUCAGAAAGCUUCUUUAUCCCCCCUUACCUUGUUUCAACUAAUUAGAUCAUUUCUAGUAGUUAUAAUCAAUAAUAAUUUGUAUAGGAAUACAUGGGAUAAUGUCAUCUGGGGGGGGCAUUGACUCGCACAUUGAAAACAUCAAUAGACUGUGUAGAUUCUGUGGGGAUUUAAACUUAACAAAGGCUGAAAAGGAUAAGAAGCUUUCUGCCCUAAAUUGCGAACAGUACGCUCCAAAAAUCAAAGACAUUUGGGGAAUCGAAAUUGCUCGAGACAGACCAUACCUGCAUCCCAAGUUCUUCUGUCGAAAGUGCAGAUCCCGGCUGUACAACCCACCCAAAUUUGCCAGGGCAAAAAGAAUCUCUUGGUACCCGCACACCUUUGGCAAUGAUUGUAUGCACUGUGAAAAAGUCCAAUCACUUACCAGGGGGGGACGUCGUCCAAUGAAUAAGUCUUCUGGGAGACCAAAAAAGACUAAGACGACAGGUCAAACAGCUGGGAUUUGUGAACCUUUAAUGCACAGCACAUCACAGCGCACAACAGCUACACAACAACUACACCUUUCUCCGGCAUGUACCCCUGUCACGACUAGCUACACCACAGCAGUGGAACAUCCAACACUGCAAAUAUAUGGUCCUGCUGUCCCAUGCAGUCUGGCAAGUGCUGCCACUGCUAUACUCGCACCUCUUGCCAGCACAGUGCACCCACGGUUUGGAGUUGUGUACUGUCCCGUACCCCCCGUCAGCACAGUGCAGCCACAGCCUGGAGUUGCGUACUGUCCCGUACCCCCCGUCAGCACAGUGCAGCCACAGCCUGGAGUUGCGUACUGUCCCGUACCUCCCGUCAGCACAGUGCAGCCACAGCCUGGAGUUGCGUACUGUCCCGUACCCCCCGUCAGCACAGUGCAGCCACAGCCUGGAGUUGCGUACUGUCCCGUACCUCCUGCCAGCACAGUGCAGCCACAGCCUGGAGUUGCAUACUGUCCCGUACCUCCUGCCAGCACAGUGCAGCCACAGCCUGGAGUUGCGUACUGUCCCGUACCUCCCGUCAGCACAGUGCAGCCACAGCCUGGAGUUGCGUACUGUCCCGUACCUCCCGUCAGCACAGUGCAGCCACAGCCUGGAGUUGCGUACUGUCCCGUACCUCCCGCCAGCACAGUGCAGCCACAGUCUGGAGUUGCGUACUGUCCCGUACCUCCUGCCAGCACAGUACACCCUCAGUCUGGAGUCGCGUGCUGUCCUGUACCUCCUGCCAGCACAGUGCAGCCACAGCCUGGAGUCGCGUGCUGUCCCGUACCUCCUGCUGGUAGCGGCUCCGUUACAGCAGACAAGGUGACCAUUGGCCUAAAAGAAAAAGGCCCACUAAACGCAGACCAGCGACUCGCACUUUACGCCUUGGUCAAGCGCCAAACGGACAACAAUACACUUCUUGUGCCAACUGGAGCCAAGCCACUCCACUUUGUUCAAGUUCCAACAUGCCAAAAGAAGUCGUGUGAUGCCGCAGCAUCAACGGUACAAAAGAGGGCGAAGCUGGUGAGCAACAUCAGGGAACAGAUCAGCGGGGGUGCUGAAGAGCAGCAGAUGGCGGCCGAGCUGCGCCGCCUACCCAGGAGUCAGCUGAGCCGGCUUCUGCAGGAGGGCCGCUUCGCACAGGUCCGCAUCCCAGAUGGCCACCUGCUGGGACUAAAAACAGGACUGAAUCUUAACUGGAGCCAAUGCAGAGACUUGAGGAGAUGGAUGAAGGACUACAACAUUGCUGUAGAGAGUGAAAGGACCUCAAGAAACAUUGCCUCCGAGCUCCUCUCGGCAACGGACGUGAUGGCUGAACAACUGCCGUUCACGACGAAGGACGAGGAGGGAGGCAAGAGGGUGGAGCCGAAACCCUGCGCUUACCUGGUCUCCCUGGUCUCAGCCAUGCAUGACUACCUGGAGAGGAGCAAACAAGCUGGGAAACUGACAUGGCACGGGGGGAAUAUCCCGGAGGACGAGAUAUGGGUAAAGAUUGGAGGGGACCACGGUGGGCCAUCGUUCAAGAUGGCCUUCCAACCACUCAACGUGCUACAUCCCAACUCCAAGACAAAUACCUCAGUCUUUUGCCUCUUUGAGUCAAAGGAUAACAGGGAGAACAUAACGACAGCGCUGGGGAGGUUUAAGGAUGAUGUGAAAACGCUGCAGGAGGAAAUGUGGAGAAGUAAGGAUGGACAGACAUACAGGAUAAAGCUGUUCAUGGCCGGGGAUUACGCCUUCCUGUCAACCAUAUAUGGCAUCUCAGGCGCAGCUGGUACUUUCCCAUGUCUAUGGUGCAAAGUCACCAAGGCUGGGAUUGAUGACAUAGAGAACAGGCGGCUGAGGACCCCUGACAGGACACUGGCCAACAUGGCGGAGAACCUGAGGGCCUUCCUGCAGGAAGGGAGAGGGAGUGUAAAGAAAGCCCAAGAGUACUUCAAUGUCAUUGCAGCCCCUCUGUUUGAGAUCCCUCUUGAGCAGGCAAUUGUGCCAGGGCUGCAUAUAAGCCUUGGCGUUUUCAAGCGGCUUUACGACGAGUUCGAGAGAGCGGUUCAAGAGUUAGACCUCAAGAUCCAGGCCUACCUUCACAGUUUGGUCCUGGCACAGGAGGCUGACAGGGAAGACGUCAAGAAAGACCAGCACCUUAAGCCGUUUGAGCAAUUCAUCAACGUCAUUGACGAUGCUCAAGUGUUCCAGGUCCAGGCGGAUGAGUUGGAUGACCUCGUUGAGGAACAGGAAAACCAGCUGGCCUUCCUAGCCUACGAAAACCAAGAUGUGGACGACGAGUUAGCAGAAGCUGUGUUCAAUGAAGCGACAGCUAUGGUUUCUGAGCUCGUCCAGAGAAGAGACACUCUGAGAAAGAAAGCAUCAGACAUCCUGACCAAGGCCUCAGUGAAACCUGGAAAAGGGCCGUUGGCGAGCCAGUUGGAACCUGUCAUGAAGAGCUUCAAAGUGCACCGGGAGGCAUACCAAGGCAGGACUUUUGUUGGCAAUCAUGUCAACAAGAUGCUAAAUGACAAACCAAUUGAGCAUCUUACAUCCAGUGUGGUGAAGACCAUGGGUGAAAUCUGUGAUGGGAACGACUUCCCCCUGUCCAUUAUCCGAAUGGGGAAGGAGGUGGCUGAGAGACACGAGAAACGUCUGAAGAUGUUUGCAAAAUGCCACAAAGGAUAUGCACACGGCGGCAAGAAGGAGGACAAAGACCUAGACCAGCUAGACCUCGACAUAAAGUCAUUUAUGUCAGAGUACAGGAAAGACUCAAGAUGUGUAAGCCUGAAGAUGCACUUACUUGAGGAGCAUGUGGUCCCCUGUAUUCGCCGCUGGGGCUUCGGCCUCGGCUUCCUGGCGGAACAGGGGAUUGAAGAGGUCCAUGCCCAGUUCAACAGACUUGCACAGUCAACCCGUUCCAUUGCUGACCCUGUCGCUCGACUCAAGUCUACCCUUAAGUCCCAUCUCAUCAAGGUCAGCCCGGACCACACGGGCAAGGUUCCUGCACCUGUUAAGAGAAAGAAGACUGUGUGACUUUGUUAAGCAAGUGAACUUAAUAAGUCAUUAGUUGUUUGUGCUGAUAUGUUGUUCAAAUUUUUGACUUCAAACUGUUUUCAUGAUCUCCCAUAUGGACAGUUUGUCAUUGCUGUAAAAGCAAAUUCUAGACUCUACGAUAGCAUCAUGCCUAACUAUGAGAUAUGAAAUAAACAUGAUGUAAAGUAGACUUACUGGUAUUAUACAAGGCGUUCCUAUAUAUAGCACUUGUAUGAUGUUAUCCAGUUUAAUUCUAAGGACUAAUAUUGAACUAGAGUAACUUAUAUAAAGUAUGUAGCUUGUACCUAAAAUCACACAAGCCUGCAGGGUUCCAGUCAUUCUUCCCCUUCAUGUCUGUGGUAAAGGAGGACCAGCUACCUUGUAAGUUGUAGUUGUACCUGCAGAGAGAUUUCACAGAAACAGACGUUUAGAUCCAACAUGUAUCAGUACUCAAAUUUACUGGUCUUUAAAAAUGUCUAAGUUAACUUGUGAGCAUUUUGCUUCGCUGUCCUCCCACGUGUAAAUGCAACUUGAAAGAAAAUGUUAUAUAUACUUAUUUAUUUAUUUAUUUAUUAUUAAAAUGUUAUAUAAAAUCUAAAAGAACAAAGCUAGGCAAUUCUUGCAAUGUUCCAUGAAACAGUAGGAAAUCUAUGUUGAGCCUUUUAAGGAUAAAAUAAUUAGAAUAUCUUUGUGAUGUAAAUAUCAGUGCGCAUGUAGUUCUUGUUGUCAAUAAACAAGGUAACAUAAUGUU